AAAGUCAUAGAAGAAGAGAAAAAGUCACAAUUCCAUUUUUGUAAAUUUUCUAAGACCAAAUUCAUUACGUUAAAUAGACACCAACACCACCCCCCACCCCGACCCGUUCGUAUUCCUCAUUCCCUCUGCUGAUCUCUGCCUUUUGCUUAUUUAUUGGUCCUCCCAUUUCCCCAUUGUCCUUCAUCGAUUCGUUUUUAUUUUCAAAUCUUAUAACCCUAUAUACAAUAAUAUUUUAACAUUUUUUUCUCGUUACAAACAUUCUAAGAUCACAAAAACUGAUAUCAAUGGCGCCGGAAGCACUCGUACAAGCAGGGACCCCUACUCUGUUUACUCCUUACCAGAUGGGCAAAUUUAAUCUCUCCCACAGGGUGGUGCUUGCUCCAAUGACAAGAUGCAGAGCAGUGAAUGAGAUUCCUUUUGAUGCUCAUGCUUUGUACUACUCCCAGAGGGCUACCCAUGGCGGAUUUCUAAUCACCGAAGGCACUUCUCCUUCAAACACCGCUGCCGGGUUUCCAAACGUUCCUGGGAUCUACACGGAUGAACAGGUAGAGGCAUGGAAGAAGGUGGUAGAUGCUGUUCAUGCCAAAGGCAGCAUCUUUUUUUGUCAGCUUUGGCACGUUGGCCGUGCAUCUCAUAAUGUUUUCCAACCGAAUGGGGAUUCUCCUAUAUCGUCCACAAACAAACCCCUUUCGGACAAGUGGGAUGCCUUCCUACCAGAUGGAUCCAUUGCUAAAUUCUCAAAGCCUCGAGCACUGCAAACUAAUGAAAUACCACAAGUAGUUGAUCAUUAUCGCAAGGCUGCCAUAAAUUCCAUCCAAGCUGGUUUUGAUGGAGUUGAAAUCCAUGCCGCACAUGGCUACCUCAUCGACCAGUUCUUGAAAGACGGAAUCAAUGAUCGGGUAGAUGAGUAUGGAGGAUCAAUUGAGAACCGGUGUAGAUUCUUGAUCCAAGUGGUGGAAGCCGUAGUCUCUGCAAUCGGUCCUGAAAGAGUUAGUGUCAGAAUUUCACCAGCAAUUGAUCACAAUGAUGCUACUGACUCAGAUCCACUGGGCCUGGGUUUGGCAGUGAUUGAGAGGCUUAACAAGCUCCAACAGAAGUUUGGCUCAAAGCUCGCUUAUCUGCAUGUGACACAGCCAAGGUUCACAGCUGCGGGUACCAAAGAAAAUGGCAAUGAAGAGGAAGAAGCAAAGUUUAUAAAGACUUUGAGGAAUGCAUAUGAUGGAACAUUCAUGGCUAGUGGUGGGUAUACUCGGGAGCUUGGACUAAAAUCAUUAGCAGACGAUGAAGCGGAUUUGAUAUCUUAUGGUCGUCUGUUCAUCUCAAACCCAGAUUUGGUGUUGCGAUUUAAACUCAAUGCUCCAUUGAACAAGUAUAACAGACAGACGUUCUACACCAAAGAUCCUGUUGUUGGCUACACCGACUACCCUUUUCUUAACCAAGCGAGUGAUGAGAAAGAGGAAUAGCCUUCACGUGUGUCUCUGAUUGGGAUUAGUUAUGAAAUUAUUUCUUCUUUGGUUCAAAUGUCAAGAAAAAUGUGAGAUGCUUACAAAUUGGUUCAGUAAAAUAUAUAUGUUAUCUUUGUUAUGGAAGUGAAAAAAAAGUUAUUUAAUUUGUUAUUGUACGUCAA